AUGCGCUUGACCGUUGAGCUCAUUCAAAAUUCCCUAACAUACAUCAACCCGCUCACAGACCGCGAGCUGGAUCUCCGAGGUCACAAGAUCCCCGCAAUCGAGAACUUAGGUUCUGCCAAAGAUCAAGAUGCGAUCGACUUCACCGACAACGAUAUCUCCUCCCUCGGGAAUUUCCCCCAUUUCCCUCGCCUCCGCACUCUUCUCCUCGCCCGCAAUCGCAUUACUCAUAUCCAACCGGCGCUAGCAACUUCAGUGCCUAACCUGACGACUUUGGUCCUGACUGCGAAUCAUCUGUCCGAGUUAGCGGAUCUAGAUCCGCUACGGAACUUGGGGCGAUUGACGCAUUUGUCCCUGCUGGAAAACCCAUUAACACGCAAAGAGAACUACCGCUACUGGGUCAUCUGGCGUAUCCCCUCUGUCCGCUUCCUUGACUUCCAGAAGGUGAAGGAUGCUGAACGCAAAACGGCCAAAGAGCUCUUUGGCACCGAGGAGGAACCCUCAUCCGCUGCGUCAAAGAUCAUGGGUGUCAAGUCUCGCACUUUCGACGUCUCCGCCCCGAGUGACCGCGCGCCCGCUGAGAAGGGGGUUCGUGUACAGCUCACCGACAAGGAACGUAAGCGUGUUGAGAAGUUGAUCCGCGAAGCCAAGAGUUUGCAGGAGAUCACGAGAUUGGAGAAGGAACUUAACGAGGGGCGGAUACCCGGUGGAGCGGAUGUCGAUGGUGAUGAGGCCAUGCAGAUGUGA